CGGGGACCUUUCCCCCCCUCAGACCGUCGUUUUGUGGGUUCAUGAAGUGGAAAAGAAGACUCAAUCAAUUUGUCCUGGAUCUCAAGGAAUAAAAUACAGAAUGAGAAUUGAGUUCUACCAAACUAACUACUGCAAUGGCAACUUGAAAAAAACACAGAAAUAUUGUGGCUCUUUCAAAUAUAAAAUGGAAGCUGUAGACCAAAAAUUUUGAUCUUGAAGAUAACGCCUACCAUUCCUUUGUUACGGUUUGGAUAUGAGUGAUUCAAAGUCUUCACAGGAAGAAAAGCACAAGCCCAGCAGAGGAUCUGCAAAGAUUAAGGAAUCAGCAAGAAUUAUGCAGUCUGAUGACUACUUUGCCAGAAAAUUUAAAGCUCUCAAUGGUAAUAUGGGUCCUCCAUCUUCUCUAAAUACAACAAGCAAAGGUGAAAGUAAUAACCCAGCUAAUGGUGCUCCAGCUGUGCCUAAAAUGGGAGUCCGAGCUAGAGUAUCUGAAUGGCCACCUAAGAAAGAUGGUGUCAAGGAACUAAGCAAAACUCCUUGGGAAAACAGGGUUCAGUCCAGUUAUGAGGGUGUUGGGUCGGUAAAUGGUGACCAAAAUGAUGGUGAACAAAAAGAACAUCUGGAUUUGGAAUUUGCAGAUGCCAAGUAUGCAUUAGGAGACAUUUUUAUGCAUUCUCCACAUAGAGGUCUUCACCCUAUAAGACAGAGAAGCAACAGCGAUGUUACAAUCAGCGACAUUGACACAGAAGAUGUCUUAGAUCAGAAUGCUGUUAAUCCAAAUACAGGAGCAGCUCUUCAUAGGGAAUAUGGAAGCACUUCAUCAAUUGACAGGCAAGGCUUAUCUGGAGAGAAUUUUUUUGCCAUGCUUCGAGGCUACAGAGUAGAAAAUGCUGAGCAUAAAACACACAUACCAUUCGGAUUUCCUGAAUUUUUCCACUGUGAUCCCACAAUUUCUCCAAGCCUCCAUGCUGCAGCACAAAUUUCCAGAGGAGAAUUUUUCAGAAUUUCUGGACUGGACUAUAUGGAUAGUGCCCUGCUUAUUGGGAGAGAUCGGGACAAAUCUUUCAAAUGGAGACUGAAGUCAGAAUCAGUAGAAACAUCUCUCUUCAGAAAACUCAGAACUGCUAAAAGUGAACAUGAAACUCUUAAAUUCUCAUCUGAGCUAGAGGAUAGUAGACAUGAGAAAAACGUUCAUCCUUGGAAUUGUCAGAAAUGUUUUGCACAUUAUGAUGUUCAGAGCAUUCUUUUUAACAUAAAUGAAGCAAUGGUUACUAGAAUUAAUGUGGGGAAAAGAAAAAAUAUAACCACUGGGGCUUCUGCUGCCUCACAGUCCCCAGUGGUAGCAGGUCAAACUGGAAGCUGUGAAUCUCCUUUGGGAAGUAAAGAGGAUCUCAAUUCAAAAGAAAAUUUAGAUGCCGAUGAAGGUGAUGGGAAAAGUAAUGACCUUGUACUGAGUUGUCCAUAUUUCAGGAAUGAAACUGGUGGGGAAGGUGAUAGACGGAUUGCGCUCUCUAGGGCAAAUUCUGCAUCUUUUUCAUCAGGAGAGAGUUGCUCCUUUGAGUCUUCAUUAAGUUCACAUUGUACAAAUGCUGGUGUGUCUGUACUGGAAGUACCCAGGGAGAAUCAGCCAAUUCACAGGGAGAAAGUAAAACGUUACAUCAUCGAGCACAUUGAUCUUGGUGCAUAUUACUAUCGAAAGUUUUUCUAUGGAAAAGAGCAUCAAAACUACUUUGGACUAGAUGAACAUUUAGGACCAGUAGCAGUCAGUAUCCGGAGGGAGAAGUUUGAAGAUGUAAAAGAAAAAGAAGGUUCACAGUUCAACUAUCGUGUAGUGUUCAGAACAAGUGAGCUUACAACAUUGAGAGGAGCCAUUUUAGAAGAUGCAAUUCCAUCUACUGCUAGACAUGGCACAGCAAGGGGCUUACCUCUUAAAGAGGUACUGGAAUAUGUAAUACCAGAAUUGAGCAUCCAGUGCCUAAGGCAAGCUUCCAACUCACCGAAAGUGUUUGAACAGCUGCUUAAACUGGAUGAACAAGGGCUGAGUUUUCAGCACAAGAUUGGAGUUCUAUAUUGCAAAUCAGACCAGAGCACCGAGGAAGAGAUGUAUAACAAUGAGACCGCAGGACCUGCUUUUGAAGAAUUCCUUGAUCUUCUAGGCCAGAGAGUACGACUGAAAGGCUUCAAUAAAUACCGAGCCCAACUAGAUAAUAAAACUGAUUCAACUGGAACCCAUUCCCUUUAUACUACAUACAAAGAUUAUGAAAUUAUGUUCCAUGUCUCAACUAUGCUUCCAUAUAUGCCCAGUAAUAGACAACAGGAAAUAACCACGCCCUUCUUGGUCACUGAUCAGGACAUUCCUCUAGUUUUAGAGCCAGCAGGAGAUCCAAACAUGAAGCUUCUAAGGAAAAGGCAUAUAGGAAAUGACAUUGUUACCAUUGUCUUCCAAGAGCCCGGAGCACUUCCUUUUACUCCAAAAAAUAUCCGUUCCCAUUUUCAACAUGUGUUUGUCAUUGUUAAAGUCCACAACCCUUGUACCGAAAAUGUGUGCUAUAGUGUUGGAGUUUCAAGAUCAAAAGAUGUACCACCAUUUGGGCCACCAAUUCCAAAAGGAGUGACUUUCCCUAAAUCGGCAGUUUUUCGGGACUUCCUUUUGGCUAAAGUAAUAAAUGCAGAAAAUGCAGCACAUAAAUCUGAAAAAUUUCGUGCUAUGGCAACUAGGACACGUCAGGAAUACUUGAAAGAUCUAGCAGAAAACUUUGUUACUACAACUACAGUAGACACUUCAGUCAAGUUCAGUUUUAUUACACUGGGAGCAAAGAAGAAAGAAAGAGUGAAGCCCAGAAAGGAUGCUCACUUAUUGAGUGUUGGAGCAGUGAUAUGGAAUGUGAUAGCGCGAGACUUUGGUCAGUCUCUUGACAUUGAAUGUCUCCUUGGUAUCUCAAAUGAAUUUAUUGUAUUGGUUGAAAAGGAAUCAAAAAAUGUUGUGUUUAACUGCUCCUGCAGAGAUGUUAUUGGAUGGACAUCUGGACUGAUGAGUGUAAAAGUUUUUUAUGAAAGAGGAGAAUGUGUUCUUCUGUCUGCAUUUGAUAACUGCCCUGGUGACAUCAGAGAAAUUGUACAAAGGCUAGAAAUAGUAACCAGAGGAUGUGAAACAACAGAAAUGACACUGAGGAGAAAUGGCUUGGGACAACUUGGAUUCCAUGUUAACUUUGAAGGAAUUGUAGCAGAUGUGGAGCCAUUUGGUUUUGCAUGGAAAGCAGGCCUCCGCCAAGGCAGUCGCUUAGUGGAAAUCUGUAAAGUGGCUGUAGCAACCCUGAGUCAUGAACAAAUGAUUGAUUUGCUACGUACUUCUGUGACAGUGAAGGUUGUUAUUAUCCAGCCCCAUGAGGAUGGAUCUCCUAGAAGGGGUUGCUCAGAACUGUGUCGAAUUCCAAUGGUGGAGUACAAACUUGACAGUGAAGGCACCCCAUGUGAGUAUAAAACCCCUUUUAGGAGGAAUACUACUUGGCAUCGGGUGCCAACUCCUGCUGGGCAGCCUCUCUCUCGUGCCUCUCCAAUCCUAGGAACAUCUGAUAGAUUGCAGUGCCAGCAGCUUCUCCAACAGGCGCAAACAGCUAUCCCUCGCAGUACAUCAUUUGACAGAAAGCUGCCAGAUGGUGCAAGUCAAUAUUUCAGAAGCUCACCAAGCAACCAGUCAUCUUCCAGUGAUCCUGGACCGAGUGGAAGUAGUCAAUGGAGGCACCAAGUAGGAUAUGACGGGUGUCAGUCUCCUUUACUUCAUGAUCAUCAAAGUUCAGGUCCAUUGGAGAGUGAAGGAGGCAGAGAACAUGAAGAAACUUUGGAAGGGACUAGACAUUCCAGUGAAACCAAGUGGCAUGCACCAUCAACCAAAGUCUUGAGUUCCUAUAAAGACCGGGCUUUACAGAAAGAGAGCAGUGGCAAGGAUUCACCAAACAAAUUUUCUCAUAUUGGAGACAAAACCUGUUCCAGUCAUUCUAGCAGUAAUACCUUGUCCAGUAAUACAUCCAGUAACAGUGAUGAUAAACACUUUGGCUCUGAAGAUCUAAUGGACACAGAUUUGCUUGGAUUAACAUACAUUAAAGGGGCUUCUACUGACAGUGGCAUUGAUACUGCUCCUUGUAUGCCUGCUCCAAUUUUGGCCCCUUUGCACCUUGCUGGAAGCCGGUCAGGAAUACAUGGUCGGACUGAUCAGUGGGCUGAAUCUUCUGAAACCCCUGGGCAAGAUGAUGAGACAAAAAUAUAUGCUGUUCACAGUUAUGCUUCUGCCAUUUCCAGUAGUCAUACAGGUGAUGGCAGUAUGGGAGAUCUCAGUGAAAUAUCAUCACAUUCCAGUGGGUCACAUCAUUCAGGAAGUCCUUCAGCACAUGGACCUAAGAGCACGGGAUCAUUGGAUACCUCCAAAGUGUACAUAGUAUCCCAAAACUGUGGUCAACAGAUCCCUGGAUCCAUAGCAAAAUGCUACCCUCGACAAGGAGCAAUAAGCAAAUAUGUUAUUGGCUGGAAAAAAUCAGAAGGUAGCCCAACACCUGAAGAAUCUGAAACUUCUGAAUGUCAAGAAAUGUAUAGUGAUAGUGAUGGCCUAUCUUCAAGUCAGCUUCAAGCUUCUGUAAGUACGGUUUCUGAAAACCAACGAGUCUUGUCAAAAGAAGAAUUUCUGAAACUGAUGAUGCCAGACAGCAUCUCUGUGGAGGAAGGCAGAAGAAAGUUUUCAUUUUAUGGCAACCUAUCCCCACGAAGGACAUUGUACCGUACUCUUUCUGAUGAGAGCAUAUGUAGCAACAGGAGAGGAUCUUCAUAUGCCAGUUCACGGAGUUCAAUGUUAGACCAAGCAUUGCCAAGUGAUAUUUUAUUCAGCACUACGCCACCAUAUCACAGCACUUUACCUUCCGGAAGAAAUGUAACUGGUGGUAUUGGAAACUUAAGACAUGAGCUGUGGUUCUCAGAUGGAUCUUUAUCUGACAAAUCAAGAUUCAAUGAUCCUGGCCUGAUGCCACUUCCAGAUACUGCAACAGGAUUAGACUGGUCUCAUCUAGUUGAUGCUGCACAAGCAUUUGAAGAUUUUGACUCUGAUGAAGAACUUGGGCCAGUCUGUCAUCACACUGCAUUUCUAGAUCAAAGGGUGGCAUCUUUUUGCACCCUGAAUGACAUGCAACAUGUGCAAAGUUUGGAGAAUAAUCAAGCUUUGGGUGCAAGCCCAACAAAUGGAAAAGAUUUCAUUGAUGCUAAUGGGGAGGAUAGCCCUACUACCUUGACUGGAAAAGUAAACCAGUUGGAAGUGAUCCUUCGACAAUUGCAAACUGAUCUUCGGAAGGAAAAACAAGACAAAGCUGUUCUCCAAGCCGAAGUCCAGCAUUUGAGACAAGAUAACAUGAGACUUCAGGAAGAAUCACAGACAGCAGUUGCUCAACUAAGAAAAUUUACAGAAUGGUUUUUCAAUACAAUAGACAAAAAGUCUUAACAUAUAAGUGCCUAAAAAAGCACUUUUGAGCCACAAAACACCAGUAAUUUUGCAUUAUCCUAAUAUAAUUUCACUGUGUUCACAGUCCAUUUUACAAUUUCUGCUUUAAUCUCUGCCCAGCCCUGUUUCUUUGAGCAAGGCUAUGAGCUGUUAGGAAUUAUCUUCAUAUUCAUCUGAAUUAAACAGAGAAUGGUUGGCGGGCAUUUGUUUUUGUGAAAAUGAAUGUACGGAUUCUGGUGUCAUUUUAGACAUUUUAAAGUAUACUUCUCGCUUGGACUGGUCUGGAGAAGAAUAAGUUCUGUUUUUACUUUCUAUACUUCAGGUGCUCCAGUGAAGAUGCUAAAUCAAUUUAUGAUAGAUUGGAUUUGAUUUCAGUACUGUAAAAUAAAAAUAAACAAGUAGACAUAUACUUUCAUGUUUAAAGGUGCUCUAUUUUUUGUAUGUACAGUAGAUAUUUCCACAGUCAGAUUGUCAUAGCAAUAAGAAUGGAUGUAGAAUUGAAUAGUCACAAAACUGUGUUUAUAAAAUUAGUGCUGAUGAGUUAAACAACACUAGUUUGGAUGCAGAUAUACUAGGAAUUAUUUAUUUGCGGGGGGAAUGGUGCCUGAAUUUCAACAAGUUUUCUGUCCCCAUCCCCCAAAAAAACAUAUACAUGCCUUGUACCAGGUUCACGUAUCAGUUCACUCUUGUGUUAAUGAAUUUUGUAUAGUUUGUGUUUAAGAAGGUUACAGAUAGACUAACUAUUCAAACUAUAUGUAAUGCAAGACAGUCAAUCAUUUGUAUAAUGCCAGAUUUGUUUAUCUUUGUACAGAAGCUUUGAAUGAGUGACAUGUAUUUAACACCUUUAUUUAAGCCUAUUUAACCUGUUAAUUUUAUAAAGCCUUUGUUUUAUCUGCACUAUGGUGAGGACAAUAAAUUGCAAGCUACAGUGUGUUUUAGCUUGCCAAAGUGGCACUGCAGAAUUCUAGAAAGUCUAACAAUUGGAUGCUGCUAGGACACAGUUUGUGUUUGUAUGCUUUAACAUUUUUAACUGUUUCAUUUGAAAUGAACAUACAUCUUGCUUUUUUAAAUAAAUGUUAAAAAUACCAAUCACAAAGAA